CACUUCCACGAUGGGCGGAAGGCACAACAGCACAUAGAGAUCUGCUGGAAACAACUCGAAUCAAGUAAAAGACGAUUUGAACGGGACUGCAAAGAGGCGGACAGAGCGCAGCAGUACUUCGAGAAGAUGGAUGCGGACAUCAAUGUCACCAAAGCAGAUGUUGAAAAGGCGCGACAGCAAGCUCAAGUACGUCACCAAAUGGCAGAGGACAGCAAAGCAGAUUACUCAUCAACUCUCCAGAAAUUCAACCACGAGCAGCACGAAUAUUACCAUACUCACAUCCCCAACAUAUUUCAGAAAAUACAGGAGAUGGAGGAAAGGAGGAUAGUGCGAAUCGGGGACUCGAUGAAGACCUAUGCAGAGGUGGACCGGCACGUGAUCCCAAUCAUUGGGAAAUGCUUGGAUGAAAUAGUAAAGGCAGCCGAGUCCAUCGAUCAGAAGAAUGAUUCCCAGCUGGUAAUAGAAGCUUAUAAGUCCGGGUUUGAGCCUCCCGGGGACAUUGAAUUUGAGGAUUACACUCAGCCGAUGAAACGCACUGUGUCAGAUAACAGCCUUUCGAAUUCCCGAGGAGAAGGCAAACCAGAGCUCAAGUUUGGUGGCAAAUCCAAAGGAAAGUUAUGGCCCUUCAUCAAAAAAAAUAAGCCUCCCCCUCCUCCCCCUGCCUCUGCCUCACCCUCUGCUGUUCCCAACGGCCCCCAGUCUCCCAAGCAGCAAAAGGAACCCCUCUCCCAUCGCUUCAACGAGUUCAUGACCUCCAAACCCAAAAUCCACUGCUUCAGGAGCCUAAAGCGUGGGACUCAGUCUUUCAGUUUUCACAAAGAACUCAUGAAGAGGACGAUAGGGAAACCCACGUAUGCUUUUGAAGCUAGGGACUAUGUUCUUUCUCUCAAGCUGGGCGCCACGCCAGAGGAUUUCAGCAACCUCCCGCCCGAGCAGAGAAGGAAAAAGCUGCAGCAGAAAGUCGAUGAAUUAAAUAAAGAAAUUCAAAAGGAGAUGGAUCAAAGGUAGAGUGGAGCGAUACUACUUAUUUAGAAAUUCAGGUUCAGUGUGGAAAGAUGGGAAAUCCUAAAACAGCUUCAAGAGAAGUGAUUAUUUCAGCCGUGUGUUUUUUUCAUGGAGGGUCUACUGGAUGGCUUCAUUACAGAUCGGGAGAAUUCUUUUAACAAAUAGGUUUUACUCUCAGUUUGGAGAACAAAAUACAUUUGGCUAUCUUUUUUUUUUCUGUA